AUGGAGGCCGGACGACAGACAAUGGAGUUAGUCGGUAUCGUCCGGUGUCCGGUCGAUUCGAUAUUCACUUACGGCAUCGGCCGACAGAUCAACCAAGAUGCCGUGAAUCGCAUGUGGAAAUAUUUCGAGAAAACGGAACGCAGGCCCCUCGACGAACGCAACCACCUACAAGGGAUCGUCACGCCCGAGGAUUUGAGAGUUAUUCUUUCACUUCUCGGUGUCACAGAACGGGCUCUGAAGUCCACCUUACAAGAAACAAAAUAUCCUCUUCUCUCAGGUCAUCGCAUAGCCUGUCUCGAUGGAAAGCACAGACUGAGCGCUUUGACCCAAAAUCGGCCACUGUCAUGGUGGGUAGUAAGGUUAUACUGUGUUCAGGGUAGCUGGCUACAGUUUCCCACCCAGUUGUCCACAUCCUGGGAAAACCAACAGGUCCUCCAGGAUCAAGUCGAAUACACCUCGCACGAGAUACCUUAUUCGGAUGCCGAAAUUUAUCGGCUUGUCCGUAAGUACAUGAAAAGCAAGGACAAGUUGAGAGAGAAGGAGUGCCGGGCGCGUUUGACGCCUUGCAAACAUGUCAGCCUGAAAGGCUUGUUGAAAAACUUGCCGCUUGUACACGACCUCGAUGCUUUGGAACGAUUUCCAGGCGUGACUGGUGGUCUCAAGCUGGGAAACAUCCACAAGCACCUGGCCCUGCAUAUUGAUGAAGAGAUUUGCCAUUAUCUACGCCAUAUACUCUCUGUAUGGAAGGACAUCACUGGCGACAACCCUCAGGUCAAUGCCGCUGUAGAUUUGGAGACUGUUCAAUGUCUCCAAUUUCGGGCACCGUCAACUAGCGAGAUUGAUAGGCUGGCUAUAAAACGCAUGUUUACUGACGGAACUCUCUUCCGCGGGCUGAAAGACCUGGACCUGAGAGAUUUCGUUCGAGACAAAGUGCUCUCGGUACAGGUCAUCAUUCCGAGCCUCGAGACGUUCCACGAAAAUAUGAAGUACAUUUCUCUAGGUGCCAAGUUUUUGAGGGGACACUUCAUGGUACCUCUUCAGGAUAAUAAGCAGGACACUCCGACAUUAUAUCAGAGUCUGGGGGACGACUGGUCUGAUCCGGGUGCUUAUUACGUCGAAGUCGCCGGCUCAAGGCUUCAGUUGGUUACAGGGAGGCCCACCAAAUACAGUGCUUACAAACAUCUGUUUAUUGCUGCGUUAAGGCACUUUGCGCGGCUCACGGCAAAUAGCCCACGACAAGAUGUCAGAGGGGAGACCAUGCCUUCAUUUCCUGAAAGAUCACGCAUCCGAUACCUCGCGCAGCUCGCGCAUAGCUGCGGAUUUAACAACACAAAGAUCGCGGACACUCUCAACAGUGCAACCGAAUACACUUUCUUGCCUGAUUAUGUUCCGCGAACAGGAAUCCCGGCUGACUGGCGUGGGGGGGUCCCGUUCACUAAGAAUUACAUAAACCUCCAAUCAGUAGCUUUCCCUCCUCAAUUGGACGGUCCUGUCAAUCGAGGACGGAAACCUAGCACGCUAUUCGUCAUGCAGGACAUUAUUGAUGCAUUUUUUGACAAAACCAACGACUUGAGCAAUCUAGGUGGUGAACAGUGUCCUGUGGUACCCACCCUGCAGCACCUGCCUGGCGAAGAUAAGAGCCUAUCCGAUAGCGAGGACCUCUACUCUGCUACAGACCGGGAGGAAGGUGGGAUGCCCGAGACGGGUCGGGACGCGCCAGCAGGCACGAUAGACAAAGAGGACAAAAUUAAGCAAAAGUCCAUGGUGAACGUUCUGCGACCGAGAUCGGGCCGCAUAGUGAAAGAGCGCCGAAAGAGUCGCGCAGGUGAGGACGCAGAUCAGUCAAUUCAGAUCGAUGAGGAUACGAUAUUUCGACGGAUGCGCCGUUCUUCACGUUUCUUCUCGGAAGAUCAUGGAGUGCAGCCGCAUGAAGAUGGCGACGGUCAGGACUUGGAGGAUGGUAUUGAGCGUGACACACAUGAGGAGCUACGCACGCUGCGAGAACCUGGGGCUGCCAGACGUGACCCACCAGCAGCUUCAACGCUCUCGUCACGGCCUGCUAGCUCGCCUGAGCUUGUACUGCGGGGUUUCUUGCCUGGAAAAGCACCUGCAGACACGUCUAUUCACAGCAGGGCUAGUACAGAAACCUCGCUAGCAGGCCCUAGCACUUUGCGAGAACCUGGGGCUGCCAGACGUGACCCACCAGCAGCUUCAACGCUCUCGUCACGGCCUGCUAGCUCGCCUGAGCUUGUACUGCGGGGUUUCUUGCCUGGAAAAGCACCUGCAGACACGUCUAUUCACAGCAGGGCUAGUACAGAAACCUCGCUAGCAGGCCCUAGCACUUUGCGAGAACCUGGGGCUGCCAGACGUGACCCACCAGCAGCUUCAACGCUCUCGUCACGGCCUGCUAGCUCGCCUGAGCUUGUACUGCGGGGUUUCUUGCCUGGAAAAGCACCUGCAGACACGUCUAUUCACAGCAGGGCUAGUACAGAAACCUCGCUAGCAGGCCCUAGCACUUUGCGAGAACCUGGGGCUGCCAGACGUGACCCACCAGCAGCUUCAACGCUCUCGUCACGGCCUGCUAGCUCGCCUGAGCUUGUACUGCAGGGUUUCUUGCCUGGAAAAGCACCUGCAGACACGUCUAUUCACAGCAGGGCUUUCAGUAAGUAUAGGACUAGUGCAGAAACCUCGCUGGCAGGCCCUAGCACAUUGCGAGAACCUCAGCUGGCAGGCCCCAGCACAUUGCGAGAACCUCAGCUGGCAGGCCCUAGCACAUUGCGAGAACCUCAGCUGGCAGGCCCUAGCACAUUGCGAGAACCUCAGCUGGCAAGACCACCACAGAGGACCACAAGUUCAUAUGACGAAAGUCCGUUUGACCAAUUCGCCAGUCGCAAUCCGUUUCGUUUCACCGUCAGUAACAAUCCAUUUCGCCCUUCCACUAACAAUCCGUUUCGUCCUUCCGUCAGCAAACCAUUUGAGGAACAAGGAGUGGAAGAGGCCGAUGAAACAGAUUUCUCAACAACGGGCCAUCUCUCUGAAAGGUUCCCAUCGAGAAUCAAGACUCGUACCGGCAGAUUUUCCACACCAUCUUUGCCAAAUCCUGACCCUCUGAGGCCUCUAGAGAGUGACCAGCCAAUCGGAGAACAGGGAACCAUAAUGAACCCCGAGUCCGCACAUCCGGCCACGAGCGCGGAAGCUUGGACUUCCAGGCAAAAUGUCGCAACGAACACCGCGGCGGAAGCAGAAAAAGGCGCUUUAGCGACAGAUGUGGUCGAAGGAAGGACAUCCACAAGUAGAACCGAGAUCCUUAGCGCACACCACCACUUCACGAGAAGGAGCCCGAUGAGCCCUUCACGAAGGGACACCACGGCAGGGCUGUCACCAAAUUCUCCUGUGGGAAAGAUGGAAACCAGCAGCGACAAACUCGCCCUUGCCGACCUGGCCGCCGACGAAUAG